AUGGAUAAUUACAAAAAAUACCUCUUUGAUGAGAAGUUUCAAGAACCACUACCUCGUAAUACUUACUCAUUCUAGGCUCAAGAGAGUCAGGAAGAUUAGCCCAAUGAAUCAAAUUUUGAUGAUGAAUAUAAAAAAGAUUUUCUUCAAAACCAAAUUAAAAACAUAAGGGAGAAAUUAAUAAUGAUGGGUUUUCCCAGUUUAGGUGAUUUGUAUAGCAAUUCAAAUUCUGAAGUAGAUCUUACUGUAAAAGUAUUGAUUGCUGUAAUUAAAUAAAGAAGGGAGGAUAUGGAUUUCAAGAACACUUAUCAUGAAAAAAUUAAUAAAAUAGAAGCAGAAAAACAGUAACUCUCAUAAAAUUUUGAAAGAGCGUCAACAACUAAAAAAAUUUUGGAGUAAGAAAAUAGUACUUUAUAAGCUAAGAUAAAGAGCACAGAAAAGGUUUAAAAAGAAUAACUUAAUAAACUGAUGCAGGAAAGGGAGGAUCUGUAAAAAUAACUAUCGAAAUUAUAAAGUAGAUCAACUUAGUUUGAACAUGAAAUGAAGUAAAGGGAUUUAGAAAUUUAAAAACUUAAAGAUCAUAUUAAAAAAUAAUCGGCUUCGAAAACUUUUAAAAAUAGUUUAGAAAUGACCUAAAAUUUAGAAUAAGGAGGUCCAAGUAUUUUUGCAGCAAAUGGAGAAUAUGAAUUUAGUCAAUUAGUCAUGAAAAAGUGGGAAGAAAUCAAUAAUAAACUAUUAAGAGAAAAUGAAUAACUUAGGGAAAAUCUAGUUAAGAUUCAUAAUGAAUUAGGAGAGAUACUGUAAAUUCGAAGAGAUGUGUAUAUUAAAAGAAGGAAAAUAGAUUUUGGGGAUGAAAAUAUUCCUCCAGAAUUAGAUAACCCAUAAUAAAAUAUGCAUUAAUUCAAAAGUGAUUUGUAUAAGUCUCCUUUAGAAACUAAUGGUAAAUAAGCUAUUUAGAUGCUGUAAGAGAAUCUAUAAACAUUUAAAGAACUUAUGAAAAAGUUUGAUUAACAAUACGAACUUUAAUUGAAUGAAGAUGAAAUCGAAAUUGAGGCUGAAGGGGGUAAAGUUAAGGCUUGUAAAAACUUGACUGAAUUAUUCAAAAAUUAUAAUUAUAUCUUUGAGGCCUAGGAUAAGAUGAUAAGUUAAAUUAUUAAUAAAAGCCAAAACUUAAAAAAAAUAGAUGAAUUAAACUUUAAUUUAAAUAGAUUCAAUAGAGUAUUAGAUGAUAAAUAGAUUGACGAUGUCAAAAAAUAUCUCUAAGACCAGAAAAAGUACCUGGAUGAAUCUAAAAAUGAGAUGGAUCUUAUCAAAAAACAAUUUUAGCACUAAUUGAAAAAAAGAGAAGAAGAAAAAUAAAUCAUAUAAAUGAAAAGAUUAAUGCUUGAAGAAACCAACGAGAAAUUCAAGGAAAAUAUUAGGAUGCUAGAAAAUGCAAGUAGAUAAGCUUUACAAUAACUUAAUUAAGAUAUUAAUUGA